AGCCACGAGCAGGAGCAGCUACGAGCACUAACACACCCCUCACUCACUCGCACCCGCACACACACACCGUUACCGCGCUGUCCUGAGCGCUGUGGUGCCCUCACCUCUGCCCUGCACUCUCCACUCCUCCCUGACUCUCCUUCAUCACAAAAAAAAAAGAAAAAUCACAGCCUCUCUCACUUCCCCCGCUUCUCCUGGGCGCAGUGUCCACUGCUGUGGCUGGACUUUCGUUUUCUGGUUUGUUUUUUCUCUUUGUGAGAGGUUGGAGCUGCUGUAGAUCCUCUGUGAAGGCGAGGCUGGAGCUAUCUGUGUGACCGCUGCGUCUCUGACUCACUUUAUUUUUUUCCGCUUUUUUUUGGGAGUAGCUGGAAUGGCUACUUUACCAGGAACAGUUCCUCGCAUGGUCCGGCCAGCACCAGGCCAGAACUACCCCCGCACCGGAUUCCCCCUGGAAGUGUCGACCCCUCUGGGCCAGGGCCGCGUUAACCAGCUCGGCGGAGUGUUCAUCAACGGCAGGCCGCUGCCCAACCACAUCCGCCAUAAGAUCGUGGAGAUGGCGCACCACGGCAUCAGACCCUGCGUCAUCUCCCGCCAGCUGCGCGUGUCUCACGGCUGCGUCUCCAAAAUCCUCUGCCGCUACCAGGAAACGGGCUCCAUUCGGCCGGGGGCCAUCGGGGGGAGCAAGCCCAGGCAGGUGGCCACGCCAGACGUUGAGAAGAGAAUCGAGGAGUACAAGCGCGAGAACCCGGGCAUGUUCAGCUGGGAGAUCCGGGACAAGCUGCUGAAGGACGGGGUGUGUGACAGAGGCACGGUUCCUUCAGGUGAGGCCUCAUCUGUGAGUUCCAUUAGCCGGGUUUUGAGAGCGCGUUUUGGGAAGAAGGACGAUGAUGAUGAGUGUGAUAAGAAGGAUGAAGAUGGGGAGAAGAAAACGAAGCACAGCAUCGACGGGAUUCUGGGGGAUAAAGGUAACCGUACAGACGAGGGUUCGGACGUUGAGUCGGAGCCAGACCUGCCGCUGAAGAGAAAACAGAGGCGCAGCCGCACAACCUUCACCGCCGAGCAGCUGGAGGAGCUGGAGAAAGCCUUCGAAAGAACGCACUACCCAGACAUCUACACCCGUGAGGAGUUGGCCCAGAGAACCAAACUCACCGAGGCCCGCGUACAGGUAUGGUUUAGCAACCGAAGAGCCAGAUGGCGUAAGCAGGCUGGAGCCAAUCAGCUGGCAGCGUUCAACCACCUGUUACCUGGAGGGUUUCCUCCAACUGGAAUGCCAACCUUACCAACUUACCAGCUUCCAGAGACCACCUACCCUAGCACGACCCUCUCACAGGAUGGCAGUAGUACAUUGCAUCGACCUCAGCCUCUCCCGCCCUCUUCCAUGCACCAAGGAGGACUCUCGGCAGACAGCAGCUCUGCCUACGGCCUCUCGUCCAAUCGUCACACCUUCUCCAGCUACUCGGACACCUUCAUGAGCCCUUCCGCUUCAAGCAACCACAUGAACCCGGUCAGCAACGGCCUCUCCCCACAGGUGAUGAGUAUCCUGAGUAACCCCAGUGCCGUACCCUCUCAGUCCCAGCAUGAUUUCUCCAUCUCUCCGCUCCAUGGCAGUCUGGAGGCCUCUAACCCCAUCUCGGCCAGCUGCAGCCAGCGCUCUGACCCCAUCAAGAGUGUGGACAGCCUGGCCUCCUCACAGUCCUACUGCCCCCCAACCUACAGCGCUACAAGCUACAGCGUGGACCCUGUUACCGCUGGCUACCAGUACAGCCAGUAUGGCCAGAGUGCAGUGGACUACCUGGCUAAGAAUGUGAGUUUGUCCACCCAGCGGAGGAUGAAGUUGGGUGAUCAUUCCGCUGUCCUUGGACUACUGCAGGUGGAGACAGGACAGGCCUACUGAUCACCACUAGACCUACAGCUUACACGUGGCUCUGUCCCGGACCGGCUAGUCUCCUUUGUAUGCAGGAGCGAGACUUCACUCCCUUGAAGUUCCUAGUUUUUAAAUGAAAAUACUGGUUCAGUCUAUAUUUCCCCCUUUCCAGUUGCCCAUUCUUACCACCCUGACCAGCCUCAUAAAGGGUACGAGGCAAAUCCAAUGCCACAGCCACUCCAAUGACUCCAAUGACUGCUACGAUUAGCAUUUCUGUAUGUAUUUCCAACAUGUUGUAUAUAGUUGUCUAUGAAUUCCAAUGUCAUUCAAAUUGAUAAGCUUUUUUUUUUUGCUGUUGAUAUUGUUCUGAUGAUUAUCCUCUUCAUAGUUGUCGUAAUUACGAUGAUUGUAUCUUUUUCUUUGCUUUAUUAACCUCACCAUUCUGCUCUUCCUCCUCUCUGAAGCUGAGCUCUUCAUGUGAAAUGCUAGCGGUGUGCUUCGCUAGCACGCUAGCAUGUGGCCGGUGGUUUUCCACUUCCCCAUGUCCCGGAGCGCCAGCGCUCCUGAGCAAUUUGACCUUCACUUUCAUAUUUCACUUGACAUUCCGUACGAACUUGGCCACUCUGUGGGAAGUCUGGCUAAGUGCAUCCUGCUGGGAAUUAGCGUCGACUUUCGCUAGACAAAUGUUCCCUUCUCCUCCCUUACCCCUCCCAUGCUCGUUCUGUCCUUAGCUGUCCUGGGGGAAAGGGCAUUGUCUUAGGAAAGAGGAUUUGGGGAAAAUACUGUGCAUUUUACUUUAUUUUUAAAGGAGGACCAAAGUCGCUAACCCCAAACUAGACCUUACCCUGAACUUUUUAAGUCAAAUCGCAGUUUGAAAGGUCAUAUUUACUCCAAAUGUAGUCAGCCAAGACAUGUUGGGUGUACCAAGUUUUGCACCAGAGCUACGAGGCUAAUGAAGCUAACAAGUAAUUAGCAUAACAAGCAAUUAGCUUCGUGCAAACUGCAUCCCUAAAUCAUCUCAUGCUUCCUUCAAACCGUGUCAGGUUCUUGAGUAAUCUCAAAUAGACUUUCUGACACUGUAUGAUGUACUGUUAUCUAUAAAAACGCUAUAAGAAUGUACAAAAUUCAGGUUUCAAGAUGAAAGAACACCUUUGCACAUGUGGAGUUGAGACCAAGUAUGAAUUUCUGGAGCAUUCCACUUUUUCCAAGCGCCCUCAACGCUCCUGGGAAGCAUACAGAGGCCCACAGGCCGUGGCAUUCACGUGCACUUUGGCAAAUCAAAUAAUCCUCUCAAACAGCUAAAGGGCACAGGUAGCGGCACAUCAAAUUCUCACUCAUAUUUCCAUUUCUCUUUCCUUCUUUUCAUUUCCUGUGGUGCCAUCUCACUCCUUGUCGCUCUCGCUCUUUCUCCGGCUCUUUCCUUCUCCGUGCCGGCUAUCCAAUCCCAUCCAGCAGGGCUUCUCCUUUAAUUUCAAAUCUCACGCGUUCCGAUUUGUACAAAAUUGUUCUUUUUUCUAAACAAACUAGUGAAUUUUUGACCUCUGUGUAGCCCUGUUAGUUCACACCUCAACACAGUCUAUUUAGUUGCUUAUAAAUGGAGUUGUACAGUAGACCAAGCAGAUUGUUUAUUGUUUGUUUAUAAAGAGUAUGUUUUAUACUAAAACAAAAAAGAUGUUCAGUGGUAGAUGAAACAAGGGAUUUGCGUGAGUCUUAUAAUGUAUUUUUUUUUGUUUUGUUUUGGUUUUUUUUGUGUUACCUUUACUGGUUUCUAUUUCUUUGCUUUGGAUCUUUCGGAUCGAUAUGUAUCAUUUACAAAUAGAAAGACAAAGUGUAUUAUCUUCGGUUACUGUGGUAAGGUCUUGACGAAAUAUGAUGCGCAAUUUCAUUCCCAAACUUUCCAAAAAAGUGUGAAAUGUCUUUUGUUUUUUGAUAAUUCUUUAACCGCCAUGUGAACGGACAGACGGAUUACGAUUACGCGGAUCCUUGAUGACAAACGAAGGAAUAAAUAUGUGAAUAGCUCUUACGUUUGAACAGUCCGAGACUCUUCCUGAGAAAUGACUGAAUCUUCUGUUGGACCAGUAAGACUGUGGGUGGGGGGGUACACAGACAUGCUCGGUGCUACCAGGGUCACCAUCAUCUCAAAGGCCUCAUCUGUCUAAGUACUGAUGACCGCAUUGACCCAAGGAGGACCUGUCUGUGCCCUGAUCGUAAACAUUUUACGAAGGAACGAUUGAGGAACCUGACUAAAGUGCUUCUGGCGUAGACCAUCCGUGGCUAACACGUGCGUUACUCAGCAUUUGGAUAUUAAAAGUGUAUUACCCAGCGUCCCUCCCUGUUCGGAGCCCCCCACGCCCUUAAACAUUUUUCGUUAGGAUUUGUGUUUAUGCUUUCUUCCAUUUGGGUUCAGCAUGUGUGUGUACGUUCUCAUGGUAUAAUUUAUUCUGCUGUAUGACGUAGUAGAGUAGUGGGAAACUUGUAUUUGGUAAUUUCCUUCAGCCUGUUGGUGUCUUUCCUGUAACACUGGCGUAAAUGUUACCAAUUAAAGCUCUAAAACAGA